AUGUCGCUCGGAUACAGCGGCGACUCGCCCCCUGCCUCACCAUCGCCAUCGCGGCGGGAGGCCGCAGCCAAUGCCAAGAAGCACAAGGGUGGUGUGGAGCGUCUCAUGCUCUCGGUCCGAGCGAAGAUUGGGGAUGCCUUGGACAUCGACGGCCUGCCGAAGGAAGCUGCGCAGCUCCUGGCCGAGGCGGAGGCGCUUCUGCGGAAAGGCGAGCAAGAAUUGGCGAAGCCGCGCUUGGAGCGGAUAGUCGCCGGCAUUGAUGCUGAGGACAUGUUUCAUGGCGCAGAUGAACACGCAAGGCGGUAUCUGAUGCAUACCUUCACAGAUCUGGACCCUGAUGCAGCUGCCGGACACCAGGUCGAACAGACCAUGACAGCUUGCCGCAGAAAGGUGCAACCAGGCGAGACGGUUUCUUCGCCAAAGGCAAGCGCCAAACAGGCGCUACACGCCGAAAACGUCGCCAAGCUGCUUGAGAAGGCUUUGCAGUUACCAGGGAGAUCAAGCCUCAAACUGAACAACGCCAUGACCUUCAAUGCCGGGCAUUUUGACUUCGACGCGCUCGCCUUCGCGGCGCUGCCCGAGGUAGGUGCCGAGCGGCGCCCCCCCGAACCCUACAGUCCACGUGACCCUGCCAUUGCCGCGUGGGACCCACCUGAACCCCUCGUGCUGAACCGCGCUGCCCUCCUUGCCAACCUUCGCCGUGCACGCAAGGGAGCUGCCCCGGGCCCUUCUGGCAUGACUGCGGAAAUUCUCCGCGUUGUUUUGGCGUCCCAAGUUGCGUGCGCCCGGGUGCCAGAUGACAUUGCGCUAAGCCACGCGGUGCAAGCCCGAUGUGCAACAGACCCCCACCUCACUGUCGUUUCCAUUGAUGCCUCCGCAGCCCAUGAUGGCAUUAGUCGAGAAGCGGUGUUGCGUGAGUUGCGGGACGUUCCCAAGGCGGCGGCGCUCUUGCCCUUCGUGCGCCGCUGGUUGGAUCGCACAUCCACCUAUGUUUGGCAACAAGGUGCGCGUACACGUCACUUGCGGCAGGCUGAGGGGGUUGAACAAGGUGACCCUUUGAGCCCGGCGUUGUUCAGCUUAGGCCUGCGUGCAGCGCUGCGGGAUUUGCAGCUUGAUGUCCGGCCUGACCUCGGUGAGCGCGUCCUCGCGUACCUGGAUGACGUUACCAUCCUUGCCAGCCCACAACGAGCCUUGGACCUCAUCCGGCGGUUUGGCACCACCUCGCGUUUCGCACUCGCCUCGUGCUGA